AUGGAAGAAGAACUGUGGUUAGUAUUUGUAGCAAUGAAUAGACUACAAGAAGAAGCAGUGGAUGUUGUAUAUUGUAAUAUAGAAGUUGAUAAUAUGCCUUUUUACUUAAUUUUGAAUACUGG